AUGUUUUAUUCUCAUCGCAUCGACGCGGAGUUCGGAACGAUCUCGGCCUCCGCGCAGCCGGUCCUGUGGACCACAGACGAGAAGAACGCCAUUUGUCAAUGCGAGGGGGCCGUUCCGUGGGCAGCCCCCCCUCCGGCGUCGAGGCGACAGGCAAGCAAGACAGCACACUGGCGGAGUAUGCGGCAGGUCCAGAGCGUAUCCUUCGUUACCGCUGUUCGGGACAAGUACAGGAGCUCGUUCGGCAGGCGGGGAACAUUCUCGGUGAGAAGACGAGAAGUAAAGGAGCGACAUCAGAUCAAGGAUGCUCUAGAUCUCCUCGACCGGCACCAUGAUCCCCUGCAGUCGGGGACGGUGUCGAAGCUCAGCUUGGCGGGGCUGAUGGUGCUCACGGCGGAGGACAUCCGGGAAGAAGGGCUUCCCGAUUGGAUGCAGGCCAUCGGUCUCGUGCACGGGCUCGGCCGCAUCCUGUACUUCCUGGGGGAAGAUACCGUUGGUGCUGGCGGCGCCUGUUUUGGUAGUGGUGGUGCUGCUGCUGGCGAUUCUUCCGCUGCUGCGGGGGUUACGCCGACCGAGCGGGAGUGUGCCCUGGGGGAGUACUCGUGGGUGGUCGGGGCCCCGUUUCCUGACGGCAUCACUUGCCCCAGCUACAACGAUGAUAACGACGACGCCCUCGAUGAGCGAUACGGGGCCGGUGGAGGCAAGCCCACCGGAAUGUACAGGGAAGGGUUGGGCCUCGAGAACGUUCUCCUUUGCUUCACUGGUCCUGAGUACAUGCACAUGGUGCUCAGGAAUCACGGGGCCACUAGUAUCCCCCCGCGAGGGUUGGCGAUGCUCCGCCUUUAUCCGCUAGAGCCGUGGCACGCCAGGGACGGCUACGCAGAGCUUGAGAGCGCCGUAGACAAAGAGAUGAAGAGAGCUGUGCGCCAGUUCGACGCGAUCCGACGAUCGACCCUGCACAGCGUCACCGUGCAGCGGCGGGAGGCCAACCUGGAGCGGGCCUGGCACAACCAUCUCAGCGACCUCGUGGACAAGUUCUUCCCUGGGGAUCUGACAUGGUGAAACGUCGGUCCAACCACAACGUC